CACACUAUUCCGCGUGUUGGACGUAUAGCGAUAGUUCAAGGACCACGUAGUUAAUGCCGCCCCAUCCACCCAUAAAGCGAAGAUCAACGGUCAGGAUCUUUCAAGCAUUAAAAGAGGAAAGAAUAUUUGUUUCUCUAUUGUUCGUUUCUGUUAGUUCAGAGUAUCUGCAAUAGAAAAGAUUGGUCUUUUCAGUUUCACCUCCCAAAGUCAAAAUAUUGCCAUAACUUUUUCUUUUAAUAGACAAAGUUUGGAACUUUAGGUUUCUUUAAAGAUAAUGAAUAUUUUGAGGUCUUGAUAAUUGAGUCUUAAACUUUUGGGGACUUUCUUAAAACAUAGUACUAAUUAAUAAAAUACCCUUGAGAAUAUGUGGACACGAUUGAAAGUUGAUAAUUUGAAGUGUAUUAACAUAACUAGCUUAAAGAAUAAAUAGAUUUUUAAAGAGAAAAGAAAAAGAAAGAAUAUGAAAUUCAUGAUAUAUAUAACAUAAGUACAAUGGCCCACCGACCAAAAAAAAAGUACAAUGGCCCAUAACAAAUAUUUUGGGCCGAGUAGCAUAAAUUUAGAUUGUUUGCAUGUUUUUCAAACCGAGCCAAACCCUAAGCAAGCAAGCUUUUUAUAUAAUGCAAAAGCACACUACCUUGAAUUGUUUCUCCUUUUUCUUGUUAAUAGGAAACUAGGGCAUAAUAUCCUCAACUCUUUGCAUCAUCAAGUAAUCUCAUUCUUUAGUCUUUGACAGGGUAACAAUGAAACUGUAUACAAUAAGAUCGAUUGACAUAGGUUUUGGAGAUACAACGUAACUCUGUGAACAACUAUGGGGUCGUCUUCGAGUGUUGCCGUCGUAAAAGAUUUGGGGCAAGAAAAAAAGAAAAUAAGAUACAUUAACAUAGGUUUUGGAAACAAAACAACUAUGAUUUCGUCUUUGAGUCUUGCCGUGAGGAAAAAGCAAAAGAAGGAGAGAAUAAUGGUCUUACCCGAACUCUAUGAGGACUUGUUGAUCGAGAUUCUGAUCAGAUUACCGAUGAAAUCUUUGCUGAGAUUUAAGUGCGUUUCAAAGCUCUGGCUUUUCAUGAUCAGAUCUCGAUACUUGACCAACCUAUUCUAUAAAUCUUGCUCAUCCGUCGAAUCAUCGAGUCAUGAUGAUCACUCUGUCUCUGUGAUCGACCAAGAUCUAAGCAUGCCGAUAAUGGGAGGCUACUUCUUGAACGCUUGUCGUGGCUUGGUGUGUUUCACAGUUGGGUCAAGAGUGCAAAUUUGUAACCUUAACACAAGGCAGCUUGUGGAAUUGCCGAUUAUUCUAACACCUCAAGGAGGAGAAGAUUACAAUAUAUGGUACUAUUUAGGACACGAUCCUGUUCAUGACGAAUACAAAGUGCUUAGUUUCAUUUGGAGGCACAAUAGGGAGCAGUGGAAAGUGAGAUCAGAACAUCAUGUGUUGGUACUUGGAGCUGGAGCUUCAUGGAAAAUGACUCAAUGCCACAUUCACCAUUUUCCUUAUUGUCAAGGGAUUACCAUCAACAGUGUUUUGUACUAUGGAGCUUGGACUGAUGACAAGAAAUGUGUGCUUAUGAGUUUUGACUUGAGUUCUGAAGAGUUCAAUUUGAUUGAAUUACCCUAUAAAGUUGGCUACCUCCAGAGAUCCCCUUGGCCAAGUCUCAUGAACUACAGUGGAAAAAUAGCUGUUUUUGACUAUGUUACUAUUUUUUCUGAUUGUAGUGUGCGUGUUUGGGUAAUUGAAGAUGUCAACAAGAGUCAAUGGUCACACAAGAAGACUUUUGUUUUGCCUACAGAUUUCGCUCAGACAUAUGACUUUGUGAUGGGUGGCACAGGUCACAGUGGCAAAGUUUGGCUUAGAAAGGAAAAUCUCUCGUGGAAUCAACCCUUACACUUUUUCAUUUAUGAUUUGGUGGGUAAUGAGAUAACUCGAAAGAUUGAAAUAAGUCCAUCAUUACUUGGUAGCUUUAAACAGACUGAUUUGUUGUUGCCUACUCUCUGGGAUGAUACCGAGAGCAUCAUGUACUUGGAAACCUAAAUAUAGUUUGUCAUUUUGUUUUUACAUUCCAAAUUAUUAAAUGGAUUUUCAAUAAACAUCAGGACACAUUCUUAAAUUCUUUCAG